CUAAAAAGACGACGCAAUCGCCAACUGCUACGUACAGCGAAUAAAUAAGGUGCUGCAGCAACCUCCGGCCCGGGAGCAGUGUGCGACAAGAGACACCAGACACCUACUCUGCUAUCGACUACGAGUUUAUUUCCUAGAGAUACCAUACAGCAGCCCGAGCCCGACUGCGUGCGCUGCUGAUUUUUGACGACCGACCGAGUGAACCACAUCCACCCGCUACCACAGUAACAGUCGUAGAUCCCAGCAAUGCCGUCGGACACUCCGCUUCACAAGGCAGCACACAAUGGUGACAAGGGCGCUUGCCUUCAGAUUCUGGAGGAAAAGUCGGUAGACGUCAAUGCCCCAGGAGCUGGUGAUCGACGGGCACUUCACCGCGCCGCAGGAGGCAAUCAUGCAGAAUUAUGUACACUGCUAUUGGAUAAAGGCGCAGAGAUCGACGGGGCUGACAAAAGUGGUCGGACAGCACUGCACUGGGCGUCGAUCAGCGGUCACAAAGAGGCGACGUUGGUGUUGUUACAGAAAGGAGCAAACAUUAAUGCAGGAACCACAACGGGAAUGACGGCACUCCAUGGCGCAGCCGAGGGCGGUAAAGUGGAACUAGUUAGACUGCUCAUGGAAAAUAAGGCGGAUUCCUCCAAGAAAGACUCAAAUGGGAAGCUGCCCUUUGACUAUGCGAUGGAUGGCAAGCAUAAAGCUGUAGUUAAAGUGCUCAAGGAUAUGGGGGACGCAGCUGCGCAAAGCGCAUCUUGUGUUAUUCAAUAGCCGUCCGACUACACGCAGCGAUAUUCUCUUGCCGCCAACAAAUUCUUAUUUGACCCCAUAACAUAAAUUGAAGAGCUCCUUGCAAGAAAUGUAUUG